UGUCACGUUCACAUUUCAAUCUUUGUUGUGUUUUGCUAAUUUAACAGAGAUAAUUUUCAAAAAAUCAAUAUUAUUUGAAGUGAAAGCCUUAAAGCGAUAAUUUUUCUUUUCUUUCCCAAUAUUCUUACCGAAAGAUGGGUAAGACUUCCAAAGACAAAAGGGAUAUUUACUAUAGGUUAGCAAAGGAAGAAGGAUGGAGAGCUAGAAGUGCAUUUAAGUUAUUACAAAUUAAUGAAGAAUACAAUAUAUUUAACGGUGUUUUGCGAGCGGUAGAUCUUUGUGCUGCCCCUGGUAGUUGGAGUCAAGUUUUAACAAAAAAAUUGAAGGAAAAUGCGUCAAAUGUUGACGACGUUAAAAUUGUUGCGGUUGAUUUGCAAGCUAUGGCAGCUCUUCCAGGGGUAAAGCAAAUUCAAGGUGACAUAACUAAAGUGAGCACGGCACAUGAGAUCAUCAAAGAAUUUGAAGGAUCGCAGGCUGAUUUAGUUGUUUGUGAUGGUGCUCCUGAUGUGACAGGCUUACAUGAUAUUGAUGAGUACGUCCAAUCGCAGCUUCUUUUAGCCGCAUUGAAUAUUACUACACAUGUAUUAAAAAAUGGAGGUGUGUUUGUUGCAAAAAUAUUCAGGGGAAAAGAUGUCACACUUCUAUAUUCUCAACUGAAGCAGUUUUUUGAAUUGGUGACUGUGUCAAAGCCGAGGAGUUCGAGAAAUUCUAGUAUAGAAGCCUUUGUUAUCUGCCAGAACUAUGCUCCACCAGCUGGUUUUAUACCAACAAUGAUAAAUCCUCUUUUAGAUCACAAAUAUUGUGAUUUUAAUCAACUCACUGGUCCUAACAGAUUUAUUGUACCCUUCAAUGUUUGCGGAGAUCUAAGUGCUUAUGACUCAGAUACUUCAUAUUCAUUGUUAUUAGAAGGACAAUCAAAAUAUGAAUACAAAGAUCCUGUACAAGGACCAAUUAACCCUCCUUAUAAGGAUAUUCUUGAAAAAACUAAAAAUAUACAAAUAUAA